UUCCAUGGCGCAUUUUCGUGCCUUCUGCAAGGCCUUAAGUCUAAAUGGCCUUAAGAAAAACCUGAUCAAAGAAAAGUCAGAUGCGGUGAAACUCUUCCACCACGAAACACCACGCUUGACCCUGGGUCAAAAAUGCCGUCAUUGCCGCAUAAACUGCGUCCUCCGUAUAAGAAAAUGCUGUUCUUUUCCCCAAAACUCCAGAUUUCAACGAUUCCUCUACAAGCUAAAACACGACGGCUCCUUCGAAAACUACAUAGUGAAGAGCAUCCUAGGCUUUAUUGGUGGUUUCGUUUUAACUUACAUCUUCUUCAUGUUCUUCGUCGUCCAACUCAACUUCAAACUGUCAACGGCCACAAUGAUGUGCUCAAUUUUCGGCAGUGUGCUGAUGCUAGGCCUCGCUUUUAGCCGCUACAUCAGAUGCGUUGUAUUCCUUACACUGCCACAGUUUUUCUCGAAAAGAGGCAGACAGGCGUUAUUAGCCUACGCUUUCAUCUUGGCGAUAACUGGACCAGCGAAAAAUACGUUAAAUAAUAUGGGAAUUUUGAGCGAGAGUAUGGCUUGUGGACAAGAGCAACUAAAAUCGGCAGUUAGGCAAAUUAUCGAAGUGAUUAAGAAGCCAUUUUAUGCCAUCAAAGACGCAAUUAAGUCGGUGGUAAAAACGAUUAAAGUUAUUAUUAAAAAGAUUAAGGAAAUACUGCUUAAAAUCAAGAAAAUUAUAAUGGCUAUUUUAAAUGUGAUUAAGGCAGCAUUCCAAUUCCUGGGCAAAAUCCUAAAUAUCUGCAAUAAAGAGCUUGGCACCCCUUUCCAACGCUGCGCUCGCGUCUUUGAUAACGCGAUUCAAGACUGCAACGCCAAGCUCGGCCCUUGGUUCAACUGGCUUUGUUCUAUAGCCUAUCUCGUCAAAUCCGUCUGCUACAUUGUGAAAAUCUUUGAUUACGUCUGCAUGUUGGUUGAUUUUAUUAGCAACUCGGUCAUUGGAGUUGUCAUAAGAAAGGUGAAAAGUUUUAUUCGACAUGUUCGCACCAUGUUUUACGUCCGCAUAAAGUUCUCCCAUUCGUUCCACUUUCAAACGAACUCUUCCAAAUCCUAUUCGGAAGUAGCAGAAGGUAUUGUUGGGGAGAUUAAAGAGAGAACGCAAGCGCUGGCGAUGUUUUUUGAUUUUGUUAGCUUUCUCACGAGUUUCUUUUUUGUAUUUUUGCUUGUUAAAGUACUACACUACAGGUUUAGAUUUUUAACAAGUGAACGGUUUGAUAAUAAGUAUAUCACAAGAGAUUUUCGGGAAAUUGAUUUACAAAGGGCUAAGUUAGGACGCGAAACGGUAUUACCACUUAAUAAUAGAGAACGCACCAUGUAUAUUACUAUUAGUUCCUGCAGACUUGUUAAGACUGAAAAACGCAAAUUGAGCCAAAGUGCAGUAGUACUAUUUGUCGCAACUUUGAAACUUUGUGCUCAUAUGUUAGUAGAUUAUUCCCUCUAUUGGGUACUAAAUUUGAUCCGGUACCAUGGCCGGUUUCAGUCAAAAGUUACAGCCCCGAAUCUACCCUCAGUCAGAAUAGAGGGCAAAGGUCUCUUAGCUGACCUUCUCAAAGGCAUAGUCAAAGCGUUUAAACCUCUUGGUAUCGAAUUAGAAAUCGACACAGUGCCAUGUCUUCCAAAUCCAAUUCCACCUGACUACGACCGAUACAUUCAAAUCGGUUCCCUUCUCAUUCUUUGUUGGUUCUUGGCAAUUCUAGAACCUUAUGGCCUCCGUUUAAGACACUGGAUCAUGUGCUAUUAUCACCCAUUAAGAGCCAAACAACGAUCUGUUUGGCUCUUCAAUCACAUCAUGAGGUCUAGGCUAAGUUUUCUAAAGUUUGCCCGCCGACAACUAAGAAGAAGUGUUUUGGGCCAGAAAGGCCUUACCAAGAUUACAUUUAAAGAAUUCUUGAGAGCCAAAUUGCGUUGUAGAAUAUUUCGACUUUGUUUGGGUCCCGAUAAACAAGAUGCUUGUCUCCUUUGUGGUGAAGUUUUUAGAGAGCCGGAUGACAUAAAGCCGAUAAAAUGUGCAACACCUGGUUGUCCGGGCCUCUUCUGUAAGCAAUGUUUCGAGGAUUUGGAAAAUCUCUGCACUGUGUGUUUGUCUCCAAUUGAUUAUGGUGACCUUUCUGACAUUAGUGAAGAACGAGGUUCAGAUGAUGACGAUUUUGACGAUAAAAAACCGCCAAGAUCUGAUCAAAAUGAUCCGGAGAAAAUACAAUUACUCCAUAGAAACGAUGAUUCCGGUAAUAGUAGUGACGAUAGUCAGCACUCCUACACUUAUCAGUAUGAGGAAAAAACGUCAGAGGUGCAAGAAAGGGAGUGGUCCGAAACAUCAUUUCGAGAUGUGGAAAAACAGAAAAAACGAGAUUAUGCCAGUAUGGAUGAUUUCCGAGAAAAUUCAACACCAGAUGAAACUUCUCGAUUGAAAAAAUCCACAACAACCAUGAACUUAAUUAAAGAUGACAAGAUUACGAAAGAGUCUUCACCUGAUACGGAAGACAAGGAUACUGACUCGCCUUAAAGCUAAAAAAUUCUUAUUAAACGUUAUUAUCAUUACGA